AUGGGGCAGCAAACCUUGAUCUAUAGCUUCGUUGCGCGUGGGACUGUGAUUCUCGCUGAGUAUACGGAAUUCACCGGAAAUUUCACCAGUAUAGCCUCCCAGUGCCUCCAGAAGCUUCCUGCCACCAACAACAAGUUCACUUACAACUGCGAUGGCCAUACCUUCAACUAUCUCGUCGAUAAUGGAUUCACUUAUUGUGUGGUUGCAGUUGAGGCGGCUGGCCGACAGAUCCCCAUUGCAUUCCUUGAACGGGUCAAUGAGGAUUUUGCGAAGAGAUAUGGAGGUGGAAAGGCUAUGACAGCAACUGCGAAUAGCCUGAACAAAGAAUUUGGAUCCAAACUGAAGGAGCAUAUGCAGUACUGUGUGGAUCACCCAGAGGAGAUUAGUAAGAUUGCCAAAGUUAAAGCGCAGGUUUCUGAAGUCAAAGGAGUAAUGAUGGAAAACAUUGAGAAGGUUCUUGAUCGUGGAGAGAAGAUUGAGCUUCUGGUUGAUAAGACAGAAAACCUUCGAUCUCAGGCGCAAGAUUUUAGACAGCAAGGAACCAAAAUGAGGAGAAAGAUGUGGUAUCAGAACAUGAAGAUAAAGCUGAUAGUUCUUGCGAUCGUAAUUGCUUUGAUUCUGAUAAUCAUUUUAUCUAUUUGUGGCGGCUUUAAAUGUUGAUGGGAUCCUCUUUGCAGCAUUAGGAUUUUGGUGAUGGAUCAGUAUUGAUCAGACAAUUUUAUUCAUGCUUGUUUAUUGUACAAAUCGUUCGUUUCCAUGUUCCACUUACCCUUACGUAACUAAGGACCUUGUUUUGUAUAGUUUGUGCGGUUUAUAUUCUUUUGACACUUUGAAUGGAAAUAUAUUUGUUUGCCAAAUAAUACACACGUGGUUGUGAAUAA